AUGACGACACUUUGCAAUUUCCCUGCCACCCUAUCGCCAAGUCUUGAUCCGCGACGGCCCUUGGCUUUACCCGCUCCGUUCCUUGCUUCCGGCUUCCCGUGCACCCUCCUUCCUCGCUCCCUCGGGCGCACACGCCGCGCCCUCGCGCUGCCCGCGCCUGUGCUGCCCCUCCGCUCCCCGCCCGGGCUGCCCCGCUCUGUUUUCCGCGCUCGCGUCCGCUACGCGCCCCCCUCCUUCCCGCGCUCCGACUCUCUGACCCUAGUUGGAAAUGCAGCAGGCCGCCGAGCCUGCCUCCAUUGGGUGCGAGCGGCUGUCACUCUUCGGCAGGGGGCGCUCCUAUUGGUCGGGCUGGAGGCGGGGCCCGAGCUGACUAUAAAAGGCGGGACCCGCGGCGCGCGCGGAGCGGAGGGCUCGGACGGGACCGCGGGGCGCCGGGCGCGGAGUGAGCGCCGAGAGCCGGCACGGAGCCCGGGCCGCGCACGGACCCUCCUCGCCCCGCCGGCGGCCGGCAGCCGUGCCCCCCAGCCCAGCGGCGACUCGCCACCGUCAGGGCCGCCCUCACUGCACGUGCCGCCCGCUCCGUCAGCCGCCGCGAUGAGCGAGCUUAACACCAAAACAGCCCCAGCAGCCAACCAGGCACCCGGCCCAGAGGAAAAGGGAAAGGCCGGCCCUGCCAAGAAGGCCGAGGAGGAGGAGGAGAUCGACAUCGACCUGACGGCCCCGGAGACAGAGAAGGCCGCCCUGGCCAUUCAGGGCAAGUUCCGGAAGUUCCAGAAGAGGAAAAAGGACCCCAGCUCCUGAAGCAGCGGCCAUGCCCUCACCCUGCUCCCUUUGUCCCCCGCCCACUGCUCUGACUCCCACGCCCCCGUGUCUCUCUGUCCCGCUAGCCUCUCGUGCAGGCGAGUUUGACCCUUGUGUGUUACGUUCCGUGGCCCCCUCACGCCAUCACGGCAGGAGAGACCCCAGGGAGAGGCAGGGUGAAGACUCCAGCUGGCGGCCCCUGGUCUGAGGGUAGACUGGCUCCUGCUCAGGACAAGCCUCCUUGACCAGUACCUGUGCUCUGUGCUGCCCGUGAGGUGCAAGUGAAAGAGGCUUUGAGGCUGACGAGGUUGGGGGGGGCCCUGAAUGGGGGAGGGGGAAGCGAGGCUUCCAACUAGGGUGCCCGAGGGUGGGACCUGUGCACCCGUCUGCCUGUGGUCACAAGUGUCACUGCAGGUCAUGUUGUUCCCCUCACACCCUCUGCACCACCUCCCCCGCCCUCCUCGGUGCUGCGCCACAGUGGGGACCGGAGCCCUCUGUCCCAGGGCAGACUGAGUCCAGCACCUCCCACGUUAGCUUGUGCUGAGUUCCACAGAAGGCGGUAGGACUGGGAGGGGCCAGGGAUGGCCCUUCACCUCAAGGCUGGGACCCGAGGGGCAGAGGCAGGGACAUGGGGACUCCAGAAGAUCUGGGGAGGAAAAGGAGUGAGGGGUGAAGGUAUGCUCUGUGGAAGACCCUUGGGGCAUUGCUGACCUGCCUCCUCUAACCCCCACGUCCAGCCCUCACACGGACCAAGUGACCCCGCAGCCCCCACCUGCCCCACUGUGCAGUCUGGACCGAGGUGGAAUAGCUACUCUGUGUGAUUUUAGCAUGUUUCAUAAUUAUAUUAAAAUAUUUUUAAAACCCUCAA